AUGAACAUCGGGGAACAAGGACUGAUCACGAAUCCACUCUAUGCAGAAAACGACCAAGGCUCCACGUCUUCAUCCAACUCUACCCGCACUGCUGGUCGGCCGGGAUAUUACGGCGCUAUUUACGCUUGUUUCUCACGUCUAUCGCGGCUCCUUCAUCCGCGCCGCCAAGGCAGUCUUGUCCGCGAGCUCCGCGGGUUGGUGCAAAUCCAGCGCGAGCAGGCCAACGACUUGUGCAGCAUUGCGCGCAACUCUGAUCAGCUGGCGGCCCUAUGCGUGUUGCAGAGGCUGCCGACAGCCCCUCUGCCACCGCGGCCAGGGUCACCGAUCUGGACAUUCGAGCGCCUCGGGAAUAUGUGGCCAGAUCUUGCCAGACAAUUUUGGGCAGGACGCCUCCCUUCUAGGGAGCAAUCUCUGGCAGAGACGAUACGCUCGUCGCUCCGCGCGAGGCGCGGCAGCUUUGCGAGCAACUCGAGCGGCGAUGCGAUCGCGCCUUCGGCACCAGCCGCGUUUGCAGCCGCUUUUGGCUCCCCGGGGAACAACGUGCGCGGGUCGCACGUCUCCGCUCCAGCAGUACUGUAUCAAACUCAUGCGGAGCCUGGUUUGGCUGCGUCUCACAGCCUAGAAGAUGGAGAUAACGACUCGUCGGACGUCUUCUUUACGCCCAAGCAAUCCUUCUCAGAGGACCGAGACGACGCCUCUGGAGAUGAACUUACGGAAGGCCCCUUCCCAACGCCUAAUGCUGAUGGCGCUGUCGCAGCCCCAUCUGCCGACAAUGCUACACACAUUCGCAUCUAUGAAGAGCGCGUUGUCGACGAGGCCUUUCCUGGCGUCAGACUGCGUAUCCGUGUCGGUCCUCGUCACACAAUUGGGAACAACUCUACGCCGUUCUACGACGCACUUCCACGUUUACUCUCCUAUUGCCAGCGAAGUCGCCAUGACCUAACGCAGCUUCAUAUAACCAUCGAGCAGGAUCGGGUCAUCAGCCAGCGCGACGGGCUUGGUGUUGACCCUCUGUUCACAAUCCUAUCGAGCAUCAGAGACUACCUCCCGUAUAUUAUGGCGCUGCAGGUGAAAUACGCGUGUGACCGCCGGCACGAAGAGAGGCCUAGCAGGCUUGCAGCGCAGAGACUUGCCAGGGCGUUCACCAAACUGGAUCGACUCAGGAUAGAAGGCAAUACGUCAUGCUUGUGUCUCGUACUAUUCCCGCUCAGUCGACUUCGGCAAUUGGAGAUCGCAACAGAUAUAUCGGACGGCGAUCUGGAGGCGGUUCUACGCUCUUGCAAGGUUCUCAAUUUUCUCAGUGUACGUUCGGGAGGCUCGGCCUCCGAUGAACUUCAGGACGGACGUGGACAGUCCGCCGGUAGUGCCCAUGCCGUGGGCUUUCCAUCUGUCAUGCACUUUGAGGGUGACCAUUUUGGUCUGGAACUUCUGCGUUCCAUUCCCACCCAAGUUGAUCUUCGCCUAUCUGUCACGAAGGGCUGCCCGAAAAUCUCGGACAUCGAGCAGAUCGUCGAGUCUCGCAACGAGCUCGUACGAAACAGACCUCAUGGUAUAUCUCAUCGUUGGCUAUUCCGUGUACUGCAGCAGGAUAGCUUGUAGGCGCGUGAAAUGAUGUAUCAAACAAGAAGAGAGAAGAGGAUGGGGACGCUGGAUGCCAGCGACGGCCCUGAGGUUCCUGAUUGUGAUUGCGUAUUCUAGUAUUGUAUUUAGCUUGUACUGAACUCGUGAUACGCAUUCUCCGCAUCGUCGUAGUCUUCUGUAAAACACCGCACACCGCUUGGAACGAAUGGUGUUAUGUCUACCGGGCCUUCAGAACCUAUGCCUGGAUCAUAACGCAGUAUUUGUAGAUAUUGCAUAGCAGGACUUCGGAGGAAGAACUCGGGAAGGUCCAUGGGCGGCUCAAAGACGGUCAGC